GUCUCUUCAGCAAGUGCCCAUGUGUACGCUGCACGUGUCUGCAGAUCUUCCAGGCAGUUUUCUGUAGGUUUGUGUUGGCCCUUUGCACAAAGAGUACCUCCUACCCACUACCAGGGUGAAGGAGACGCCCUCUCCCUUCUGGCCCAGACUUAAUCUUGCCAUAUCUGUCCCAAAGGAAUUCUAGUCAAAACUGCUUUUCAGCUAUGAUGCUGACUUUCUGUCCAGCGAUUCUCUUUUCCAUCCUUCACCCUUCAGCCUUUGAUCUUGAUUCCAUCAAGGAAAGUGUUGGUGGAUGUGGUAAACUGUUUCCUCAGGGGCAGCAAGGAUGCUCACAUGGAAAGACUGAUGUUGGACAUUUUUCUCAAAGGUGAAAAAGCAAGGUCUUCUGGAAUGGAGGUCCUUGCUGAAAAGUCCCCCAGUGGCACAGCCUCCCAGAUCAGCCCCAACUUUUGCGUUUUGCACAUGAAGUAUCCCAAUCUAAAAUGGAGAUCCACGUGGUGUAGGAAUCACAGAACCAUAGAAUAUCCCAAGCUUGUAAGAGACCUGCAAGGAUCAUGGAGUCCAACUCCUGGCUUCACGCAGGACCACCCAAAGCCCAAACCCUGUGUCUGGGGGCAUUGCCCAAACUCUCCUUGAGCCCCAGCAGCGCUGCCCUCUGGGGCACAGCCUUUAUCUCACCCCCACCUGACCUCUUCUGAUGCAGCUCUGUGCUGUUCCCUUGUGUUCUGUCACUGUCACCACGAAAUGAGGAAUGGCAGCUAUGAAGCUGGAGGGUCGUCUUGGGGGUAAUGUGCACAGUGGGAGGCUGGCUGGUUUGGAGAGGAGAGCAGCGUUACUCAGCCUGCACUGUGGGCCAGAGGGAUUUUAUAGCAGCCUCUAUUGCCUGCACCUGGAGUUGGCAGGCUGUCAUUCACCUCUGGGUGCACAGUCUGUCUGUUCCCAGCGCAGAUCAAAGUGCUCAAAAUGCUGCUUUUCCCAGCGCCAAGAUUAGCUGCUGCCUUCUGCUAUAAAGGCUGCUGUGAGCGAAGUGAGGUGCACGAAUGCAUGCACCCAUGCCAGCCAUGCCCACAAAGGAGCUGCUGGUGCUGGCGCUGAUGCUGGUAGCUUUCGUUUCUGCCAGUGGGGUAGAGCUGGAAGAGGAGAACGGCCUGAGAAGGCCGAAGUGUGGAGAGAUGGCUGAGCUGCAGGCCUGCCCCCUGCUGCACUUGCCCAUCUGUGGGAGCGAUGGGAACACCUAUGCCAAUGAGUGCUUGCUCUGUGUGCAGAAAAUGAAAACCAGGCAAGAUAUCCGGAUUUUGAAUGACGGGGAGUGUCAAGAUAUCUGAGCCUCCUGGUGGCCUUCCUGAGCCUGCAAAUAGGUGAUUAAUUGAUGCUGUAUGCUCUGCGUGCAUCAGACAUUUCAAUCAGUGACAGUAAAUAAUAAAAUUGCAUACACAA